AUAAUUAAACUUUAAUGCUGAACAAAAUUACUUUUCUUAGCCAAUAUAUUAGAAUUAGCAGAAUAACCGAGGUUCGAUUUUUUCAAACUUCAAAAUACUUAUCAUGACAAAAAUCGAGAAACCAGUCAUUUUCUGACCAAAAAGAUCAAAGAGUUGUAUCUCAAUCUCAAUAUUCCCAGGUGAGAAGUACGUGUGAUUCCACCAAAAGCAAUUUAACGGAGAAACUUUGGCAGUGUUGAGAUAUAAUUAAAAGACAAAUUUUGAAAGACUAAAACAUUAUUAAACAGAAAGAAGAAUAUUUUUUCGUAAAACAAUACUGACCAUAUCUAGAAUAUCUACUGAUAAACAAGCAUUAUGAAGUCCAAACCCCCCACAAAGAAGGCCAAGGUGGGACCUGGCUCUCCGUCGAUUGAGGGUCUUCCCUCGCGCAACAACGCCUCCCCCUCAGGCUCAACGACCUCGUCGACUUCAUCCCUCCUUAGCAUUCCUCCUCCAACGUCCGGCGGUGGACCUCGAGGUGGCGGAGGAGACGUCGUCGCCAAAUUGACUUCCGGCAUGGCGGGCAAAGGACCUAAUAAUAAUGCAGCUACGGUAUCAGUUAGGACGGCGUCCUCCCCACCUGCGUAUCCUACCUAUGUUCACAGCGAUAUCAAGGAAUGGCCCAAGAUGAAUGUACUUAUCACUUGUCCCAAGGGUGCGAGUGGAACGGAUGGUAAACCUUCGGCCACUUUGGGGCCGGAAGGAAUAAUGACAAUGGAUGAUUUGGAUGCUCUUCAAACCGAACUAGAAACCCUUUGGUCUGCCAUGGCAUGUAGAAUCCGUUCUUUAAAAGUUGACCAAGCCACUCUUCAAAACUCUUCCUCUACUGUUAACGUAAGCACUUCCCUAGGUGAGCAUUUUGAUCCCUCUCACCAGGAAAAAAUUAACGCCGUGGCAUCACUUAUCGAUGCUGGUCACGGCACGAGAACAUCGGUUUCGGCUGCAGCCAAGUUGGUGAUGGGUACACAAGGUGGAGGACUUUCUACUGCUGGAAAUAGUUCUUCAAAUUCUGGAAUCGGGAGUAAAAAGACUGCUGCAGCAACAACUCCGGCAAAACGGGAGGACAAACUGCCCAAGAAAAAAUUAAAGGGGGAGGCGGGGGGAAUGGUGAAAAAAGGAAAUGACAAGCCUGCCCGCGCCACACAGAACAGAUCGCACUCGGUAUCUUCAGAUUUUGGUGGACUGGAUGGAUUUUACAAGCAUGAAGCACCCAACGAAUUCUGGGAAUUUGCUGAUAACUAUUGUGGAGAAAUAAAACAGGAGCAUUUGGAGGAAUUAAAUAAUAUUAUCGAGGAGCAUAAAUCCUUGCCAGAGUCCCUGUUUGAAAUUCCACCUUUGGGAAAACAUUUUAGAGAUAAAGACAACACAACAAGAACACGAUCGGAGAGCAAAGCUUCCAGACGUGCCGAUUCAUGCGGACCAUUGACCCAACGUUUAGUCUCCGCCUUGGUGGAUGAGAGGGUUGCCAUGCAUAAUAACCAACGUGGUUUGAACUCGCCUAAAGACGAAAGUACAGGAAAUGGGCACCAUCAUGAAGUUGGUUUCAUACAUCGGACUGGUCUCAUCAAAGCUCUCGGUCUUGACGGAGGGCCGAAUCGUCCCCCGAUGGAAAGCCAAUUGAGAGAAUGUCUUCUAGAGAGGGGAUUCUUACGCCCGGAGGAUGCAAACGAUCCUCUAUUAUCAAAUCCUGACGACGAAAUUUUAGCAGAAAUUCGUAGGACGCAAAAUACACUUAAAAAGUUACACAACUAUAAUACAGAAAGGCUGCAAGAAUUGCACAGUAAAGCAACGAAAGAGCUAAAUCGUUCCUCUUUAAAAGUGGAACUUGACCUGGCUGAUAAGGAAGUAAUAGAAGCGUACAAAACCAUCGUAUCAUUGAAACAGAAAAAGAAACCAGUUACCAAAAAAGACAAAGACGUUGCUCUAAAAGCACUGGAGACAAGGGACAAAAUCCUACAGAAGUUAAGUCCAUCAAAGUCUGACCCUACAAGUUCCGCAGGGCCCACAACCAUUUUAAAAGUAGAGGUGUAAAUAUUAAUAUCGGUACAUCAAUUAUGUGGCAACAUAGUGAAACCUACGUAUAGUAUCAUAUGUACGAUACAAUACGUAUAACCUACCUACAUAACCUACGUAAUGAUAAAGACACUGAUUGAUUGACGUGGAUAAAUGCAAAAGAUGACGUUAAAAUAAUUCUAUCUUUUUUUAUAAAUAUUUUAUAAAAUCUCAGAAUAUUUAACAAUAAAUUACUAAUAUUGUAUACAAGUA